UCUAACAGGAACUAUCGGAAGCCCGUCAUCACGUACUCACGAAGCCGCCCGAUUCACGGUAACUCCGAGUUAGUGUCCUGCGUAGCCUGGUUACUAAACCUAUUAUAGCUCCCGAGUCCUACAGCCUCUCCGCAAAUAGCGGUAACCAGGCUAGGUCCUGCGAAGUCAAGACCACACAAGAUUGCGAUGUCCCGGGGAAGGCCUCCCCUCCCCACCCUCGUAGACAUUGAGCAGUCUGCGCGCGAGAAGUUGUCUGAUCGUGCCUGGGGAUACUACAGUCGUCCUGCGGAUGGACAAACGUACCGGGAUAACAUUGAGGCCUUCGAACGAUACCGCCUCAUCCCACGGAACCUCCGUGACGUGUCCAUCCGGGAUACCUCCGUAACGGUACUAGGGACCCGGAUGGAUAUCCCAAUAGCCAUUGGGCCAACUGCCUUGAACCGAUUGGCUCAUCCUGACGCGGAAUUGGCAACCGCCAAAGGCGCGGCCGCCAUGAACACAGGGAUGGUGCUGAGUUCCUGGGCUAACCACUCCCUAGAGGAGGUGGCUGAAGUAGCUCCUCCCGGGAUCCGCUGGUUCUACAUGCUGUUCUACAAAGACCGUGGUCGCAUGAAGCGCCUGCUGGCUCGGGCAGAACGCGCGGGGUACACCGCCAUAUUCCUCACAGUGGACCAGCCUCUGCUCCCGUUUCAAAUUGACCUAAGGCCUGUGACUUUUCCUGUCUCUAUUAGGUUUCCUAACGUUUUAGACGAAGAACCCCCCCAUGCUCCAGGUAGUGCGGAGUACCAGGAGAGUAUGAGAGCUGCAUUGAAGCAACCGGCGACGUGGGACGACGUGCAGUGGAUCAGAGACAACACCCGCCUGCCUGUUGUCCUGAAGGGCAUUCUGUCAGGUAACAGGAACUAGCAUAUAACGAUGUAGUCACUUAAUUACACAAUUUAGACUACCAUUGUAUAAUUUAAAAUCCUAAACUCAAAUGUGAUAAAUCCCAAUAAAGGAAGAUAUCAGCUGUAAGAAGGGGCCUUCACGGUUGGUUACUCUUAUAUUUGUAUACUUCAAUGUUUUCUUCCUCUAAGGAAAUGUUUAUUUUAUUGUAUGAGUGGCAUCCUCUGGAAACCCCAAAACUGAUGCCGGCGUGCGAAUAAAAAAGGGCAGGAAAAAAAAAUGCCUACAUUAUGAAAUCUACAUGGUGAUGAAGGCUGAACAAAUGCAUUUUAAUCGCAUGUAUGACGAAGAAAUGACUGGGGGUAUUGCUUUUGUUCUCUCUCUCUCUUUCUGUGUGUCCCUGUGUGUGGUAAUGAAUCUGAUUAGUUUCAGUCUUUCCUAUACAGCCAGAAAGUCAUUAAUUACCUCCGGGGGAGGAGACAUCCUUCCGCGGAAGGGUUUUGUGAGAGAUUUAGAUUUUCAUGUUCGCAGCUGUUUCUUGCGUUUGGGAGGACGGAUUUUUUUUGGGACUCGGUGUAUGUUUUACUAUUGGGCU